AUGGGUCCUGAUCAACAUGCUCAACUGGAUGGCUUUGGGCUGAUCCUUCCCUUCCCUAUCCGGAUAGCGGCCCUCUUGGUUGCUGGUUUCUGGGGAUGGGCGAUCAACCUACACUUUCUGGCCAAGGCCAACAUUGAUGUCCCUGCUCUCAUUCGAUACCCUCCACGUACCUCCUCUGCUCAACGACCACACCAUAUCGCGGCCUAUCGCCUGGCCACCUUCUUCACAAUCCCCCUGGCCCUCUGGCUGGUUGUCUUCUGGAUCGCUACCCACCGCGUCCCCGACUUGGUUGAACGCCUCGAUUUCAUCCCUCAGUCGGUCUUCAUAAUUCUCCUUCUGAUUUUGAUCUUGCCUUUGGACCGCGCCUCGCGGGCUGGUCGCAUUCGCUUCCUCUUGUCAUUAAAGCGCGUGGCCAUCGGUGGCUUGGCGGAGUCCCAGGAUGGCAAGUUUGGCGACAUCCUGCUGGCCGACGCCCUAACCAGCUACGCACGGGUUCUGGGAGAUCUCUAUGUCAGCUUCUGCAUGUUCUUCACCGACGGUCUGGCUGCAACUUCCAAGCCGAAUCGCGCUUGCGGCACGGAUUUAGUCGUGCCAAUUAUUGUGGCGGUUCCCAGUGCGAUUCGACUUCGCCAAUGUUUGACCGAAUACGUACGGUCUCGGAAGACAACUACGCGCCGGGAGGCGAGUAAGGGGAACCAGCACUUGGCCAACGCCUUGAAGUAUUUCACUGCAUUCCCAGUCAUCUGGCUGACAGCUAAGCUGCGGAACUACAACCCCCUGGACUUCCACGGGUACAGCGAGAUGACCAUCAUGCGUCUGCUAUUCAUAUUCUCCAUCAUCAACUCCGCCUAUUCUUUCUGGUGGGAUGUGGUCAAGGAUUGGGAUCUGACACUCUUUUCCCCCGAACGCAGCGACAGGGACCACCCGUACGGCCUUCGGCGGCACCGCUACUUCCACUCGGAUCGGUUGUACCACUACGUCAUCAUCAUGGAUCUUGUCCUCCGUUUCUCGUGGCUGUGGCGCGUGCUCCCGGGUCUCGCGUGGCUCCCCGAAACCGAAUGCGGCUUGUUCAUCCUCAUGUUCCUCGAAGUCGCUCGGCGUUGGAUGUGGGUGUUCUUCCGAGCAGAGGCCGAGUGGAUCCGCAAUACCCACGGCCCAGGUCCCGAGGACAUUCUCCUUGGCGAAUACAACCACAAAUUCGACGCGGAUUAA